UUUGUGUUGUUUUUGCAGAAAGUUAUUAUGGCCGGGCUAUUACACAUAAGUAAAUUGUGCAGUAAUAAAAAUACCCUUAAAUACACUUAUCACGUUACAUGUUACAAACAAUUUAGAACGCGACUGGAAGCCCGCGUGCAAGCCUAAAAACUAAAAAAAACUACUUUAAAACAGAGACGCCAAAACAGCACACACGUCGUUGCAGUUCCAGGCAGUAUACCAUAUUAUGGGACGUACACAGCGUUUGCGACAGCGUCGCGCGCCAAAAGACACAACUCAUCCAGCUGAUCACGAGUUGGACUCGCUGCACGUGCUCUAUGCUCAUCUGAAUUGUUUGGGCUGGCGGAAUACAACACAACUAUCGGCGUUGCACUUUCCGCAAACUGGGCGCGGUUUGUGCUCCAAGAGACAACGUUUACGGCCUGGCAAUGAGUUGAUACGCCUGCCCGCCAAUUGCUUGAUCAGCAUAGCUACGCUGGAAGCUGAUGAUCAAUUCAAGGCGCUGUUUAAUAAGGACUUGUUCGACAAGGAUGCACGCAUUUCGUUCCAAGCACUUGUUGCCUGCUAUCUAAUGCAUCAGCAGCACUUGCACGAAACCUCUCAGCAAUCGACUUUGGGAGCCUAUCUGGAUACGCUGCCGCGUAGCUACACAAUGCCGUAUUUUUGUGCCAUGUCGGAGCUGCAGUGUUUGCCAGAGGCUUUGCUGGAACGCACAGUGGGACAGUAUCGUCAGAUACGUGAAUACUAUCAGAUUAUCAAGACGCUUGUAGGCACGCAACACUGUGAAUGCUGUGGCCAACUCUAUUGCCAGGACAUUUGGACAUUGCCGGAGUAUAAGCGUGCAUACUUUGCGGUCAACUCACGCAGCGUCUACCUUAAUCCUCGUCAACUGAAGCCAGCACGUUGUCACUUCCAGUCGCUGCUCAGUGGCGAUACUAACAUGGCUUUGGCGCCCUUCCUCGAUCUGUUCAAUCACUCGGACAGCGUUCAAACGACGGCGGAGUUGUCACCAAAUGGCAAGGAACAAGAUUAUGUGCUUACACUGGAUACUGCUGCUAAAUCGGAGCUACAGCCUUAUGAGCAACUAUUUAUCAGUUAUGGGGCAUUGCCCAAUUUGAAGCUACUAACGGAUUAUGGCUUUUAUCUGGAGCGUAAUGCACACGACUUUUUCGAAUUCUCAUUGUCGGACAUUGAACAGUUGAUUGCGCAGAAUAGGAAACUUGCGGCACAAACUUAUCACCGGAACAUCUUCAAAUUCAUCAGAGAGCACAAUCUUUACGAUCAGAUGUUUGUGCACAUCGACGAUGGUUGCUCACACAAUCUGCGUGUGGUGUUGCACUUAAUCUUCAAGCAGCAGGCAUACUUUCCCAAUGUGCUCAAUCAAAUUGCCUUUGGUGAUGUGGCACAGUUCGAUGAUGUGCAGCCGGAGCUGUCCUAUUUGGUGGCACAUAAAAUCAGCGAAUAUCAAGGCUUUGUCAAAGCGCUAAAUCAACUGCCACAACUCACAGAGAGCGGAGUUGUGGCACGCUCUUAUCUGCUGGAGUGUGUGCGUUACCUCAGUGACUUUGAAUCCUCUGUAGACUGUCAAUCCAACGAAUGAAUUUACUUUAGUUAU